AUGAAAUCGCUUUUGUCAAGAUUCAAAAAUGGUCCAAGCUCAAACGAAAGAUCUUCCUCUUCAUCAACGACUCGAGACAAAGAGAAUGUAUCGCCAUCUAAGUCCAACAGUAUAAAGAAGAUCUCAUCAAAAUCUCAUAUAGCUGAACGACCGCAAUCAACGAUCAAUGCAGCAAACUCCAUAAAACCUGGGACAAAUCAUCAUACAGCUCUUGAAAGCGCCAGACCACAUUCUGUUCACGGUCAGUUCCUGAAUGUAGAUCGUUCACCGGUCACUGGGUCAUGGACCGAAAAUACGAAUAGACAUAGAUCGGUUAGUGCUUCUAGUGAUAUUGCAGAUACAAAUAAAGCGAAUCCAGGAGGAAAGAAAGUAACGUUUAGAUCACCCGCACCUACACCCACAACAAGUGUACUCUUGGAAGACGCUAUCAACGAAUCUGCACAACUGAAUCCUAAAUCCGAUGAUGGUACAAAACAAUCAUCAUCGACUCUACCUUUGAAACGAAGCUCAAUGUCGACAUUAAGACCACCAACAUCCCUCUCGACAACACAAGUUUCGAGGCCGACAACUUCCCAGUCCACAAACACCAACAGACCGAGACCUAUCUCUAGACAGACAUCACCUUUCUUACCUUCGCUAGCAAUACGUACACCAACGUUUCGCAAAGCUUCUCUACCACCUCGAACAUUAGAAGGUCGAUCAACGAGUGAUUCACCGACUAAGAGCUCAACAAUCCUGUCGCCAACUCCGACCCCGUCAGAGAUGUCGACUGGUGCGACUAGCACUAUGAGUUAUCUACCUCAACUUAACAGCUGGAGCGAGAUGGCCGAAGAUGAAUUAAUAGCUAAUCUAGGUCCGAAAGAAAGGACCAGACAGGAAGUUCUUUGGGAAAUCGUAAGCUCUGAAGAGAGAUACGUACAAGAUCUUAUGAGAUUCAACGACACAGUCUGUAAAUCACUGAUACCCAUUUCAGCCAACUCACCUCAUUUGGAUUUAUACGAUCCCGUUUCAGAACUUUCACGCACAAUGUCACCCGCUUCACCAGCUUUAUCAGGUAACGAGUCAUUUGUGAAUCUACCAAUAGCCGCGAGAUAUGCUUCAUCUCGCUAUAGCGGAGAACGAUAUCCAUCUGACUCAUCUGCUAGCACUGCACCACCAGUAACGCCAAAUGACGACAUUAUCGCCAGAGGAACAGCGGGUCCACCACCUUCAAGCGCAGCGAGGAUGAACGCUUAUAAUAUACUCACAAAUGGUCGUCCAUCACAUAGAACCAGUUUCUCAAGUUUAAAGGGAACUAGAUCACACCAAUCAUUGCCUCCCCCAGCAACGCGACAAGGAUCAUAUUCCUCCCAGUCGAACUUGCAUCCUUCUGACAACAAUAACAGAACGUCAUAUCAUCCUGGAUUCAGUAGCCUACACAACAAACUACAUAAAGCGAGCUCCAGAGUCAGCUCAGGUGGCUCAAUGAAUGGAAGAGACGUCAGACUACCUGAAGAUUUGGAAAAAGUCCUGACCGUCUUAUCAGGAGGGAUACUAGAAGGUCACAUCAAACUUGCAGCAGCGUUGAAAAGGAGAUACGAGGAUCAAUAUCCUUUGGUACGGAGUUUAGCAGACGUCUUCACUUCUCAUUCAUAUAUAUUGAGAGAAUACUCCACCUACGUUCUACAUCUCGAAAAAGCGUUAUCUCAAGUGGACGAAACGUUGACACUGUUCUCCGAUCCCGCUCAUCCACACACCAAUAAAACGAAGCGAGUCUCAAAAAAGGUGGAAGAUUCUGAACAGGGUCAUCUGGCUAGAAAGUUGCUUUCAUUAGAAGAAUUAGCUUCUGAACGUGGAGAAGCUGGAUUGAUCAUUUCACUAUCAAAACCAUUUCAAAGGUUACUGAAAUAUCCUUUACUAUUCCAAAAUCUAUUGUUCAACACAGAUCCUAGUUUGAAAGAAUACGAAGCUACUUUAUCCAUGGUCGAUGAAGUCGAGGGUAUAGUAAGGACUAUCGAAGAUGAAAAGAGUAAUGAAGAGGAAAGGGAGAAAACCAGAGAUAUAUGGGCGAGGAUUGAAGGUCUGGAAAAGGAUAAACUCCUCAUGACACCGAAAUCUAAUCGGAUGUUGAUCAGUGAGACGAAAUUACCGACGCCAGAAGGCUCCCACUCAAGGGCCCAGAAAGAGACUACUUCGGUAAAAGGAAAGAAGUCUUUUAAGAGAUUAAGUGAUAUCUUAAAAGGGGGAGAUACUGCCGAACUCUGGGUGGUUCAACUGACAGACGUCUCUCUCCUAUGUGAAAGAAUUGGUAUGACUCAACUCCCGAUCGCGAGUUUUCAGAGAACUUCAAAAAGUGAUUCUACGAAUGACCAUGGAAGCAAACGACAUUCUGGUAUGGGGAAAAGAAGCAUUUCGAUCAGAGCCAGAAAUCUGUACCGGUUCGUCAAAGUCCACGAAUGGCAUCUGAAAUCGAAGACAGGCAGCACAGAUGCGCUCUUGAAGACGAACGAUACGUCCACAUCUAGAGAGCGAUCAUCUGAGACCCAUGAAUCACCACCAAAAUCUAAGUAUCCAACAUUACCAUCAAUAGCAGGAACGCCUACGAAAGUACCUACAAAAACGACUGAUGGAUCAUCCCCGGCCAAAUCGUUUAGAUCACGUAAAGUGGAUGACGAUUCCAUCUCAAUGGUAUCAGAUGGCAUAUCAGAAAUGUCUUUCGCUUUCAAAUCGGGGGAUCAGGUGAAACCUAACGUCAGAGCGAAACCAAAACGAUCUUCUUCCUCAUCAAAGGUCAAUCCCACCAACAGAAUCAGCUCCAUGCACGCUUCGACCGCUGCACCAGGGAAAAAUAGAAUAUCAUCACAAAGUCACCCAGCGCUACAAAGAAGGUUUAGCAAUGGUCACGUAGCGAGUCAAGCUGCCAAUGCUAAAUUCGCACAUCGAUUGAGAUCUCCCGAUUUAUCAAAUCAAAGUGAUAAUGAAAAUGGUAUCACACCAACAGGACCCAAAAACAGAAGAUCGUUACCACCUACAAUGAUGAGUGGUGGAUUGAGACCACUCCAGACGGCGACCUUAGCCACAGCAACAGCUCAAGUUAAACCAGCAUGGAAUUUAGGUAAUUCAACGACUUUAACUACCACCAACAUUAGGAGAGCAUCUACUCCUGCGUCUUCAUCACAAAUCGGUUCAAUCAGGAAUACUUCUUCGCCAAGUAUUACUGAGGGGAGACGAAUUCCGAUUGGUAGAUCAUCAACUAAACCUACUCUAGUCAAUAAACCUAAAAUCGCGAGUGCGGAGCAGAAAGAGGUCAAUCCUGAUUGUCAUGACGAUAUCGAUGAUAAGAAUGAAAUAAAAAAGAUGCCAAGUAAAGAAGAUUCAGUAGUGGGAUUAUGGAAAGCUUUUGACGAGACAAAAGGACUAGGAAUACCGUAUAACGAUACGCCGGAAAAGGACAAACCUGCUUCGAUAAGGGGAACUAGUGUAAGAGGAACUACACCAUUAAGAGGUAUUACAGCUCCAGUAAGAGGAAACACCUCAGUACCCAGGGGAGGUGCAGCUUCGGUAAGAGGAGGGUCAACGUUUUUCGUAGGAACAGCCAGGAGACCGGUCACACCUUCAACGAGAGAGUCAGCUGUAGGGAAUGGUGCCGCAGCGGCAACUAGGGGAACUAUAUCAGCCAGAGGAACCCCACCCAGAUUAAGGGCGAACACACCUUCUACGAGAGGAACUCCACCUAGAAGUAGGGCGAACACACCCUCAGUACGAGGCACGACGGCAACAACAAGCUCAGUAAGAGGUGGAAGUGUUACUUCUGCAAAAAUGGCGGGUAAAGCAGCAGCUGUCGGAAGAGGCGGGACGAUGGUCAGUAGUAGGAAGAGAGAUUUAGGUGGGAAGAUCUGA